AGGGGUGGAUUCUUAAUACUCGGGCUUCCGCUAGUAGUGCCGUCUACACGGGCAGUUGUGCUUGUUGUGUUGCUGUGUGUGGUUUAAACUCUCAGCACGGUCUCGGGAACCCUGUCAGUAAGUGGUGAAGGUAGACUUGCCGGGUGUAGAAAACUUUGACUUUUCUUUUACUGCUUAUCAGUCUCGUAAAGACCACAUGUCUGGGCACGGGCACGGACACGGACACGGCGGUGGCUGUUGUGAAGUCGACCACGAGCCCGCUGAACGGGGCCUGGAAUACGGGCUGUACAGACGCAUUGACACGGAGAAGCUGCAGUGUCUGAAUGAAAGCCGAGACGGUGACGGCAAACUCGUAUUCAAGCCGUGGGAUCAACGCACGGACCGGGAAAAGUAUGUGGAGAGUGAUGCUGAUGAGGAGCUUCUGUUCAAUAUCCCGUUCACUGGAAGCGUGAAGCUGAAAGGAAUUAUAAUUUCCGGUGAGGAUGAUGAGUCCCACCCAGCUGAAAUGAGACUGUACAAGAACAUACCACAGAUGUCAUUUGAUGAUACAAGCAGAGAGCCAGAACAAGCAUUCCGUCUCAACAGGGAUGCGCUGGCGGAACUUGAAUAUCCAACUAAGAUUGCCCGCUUUUCCAACGUACACCACUUGUCUAUUCAUAUUCCUCGGAACUUCGGGGCAGAUUCCACUCGUGUCUAUUACAUUGGGCUUCGUGGACAGUACGCUGAGGCUCACAGACAUGAGGUGACGAUCUGUAACUAUGAGGCAGCAGCAAAUCCAGCAGAUCAUAAAGUGGAAACAAUGACUCCACAGACACACUUCAUAUCGUGACGAAUAAUGAGCUCGAGCUGUCUGAAUGAGAUGAAUGAUUUUUGGUAACGCUGAAGUGCAUUAGCCAGGACAGGAAAAUAUCUUGUCAUAUUUCAAAAGGAUUUUUUUUGGCAAUGGCGAUUGAUUCAACUGAAACGUUUUUUUUUGUGUGCCAAUAAAUAUCCAGAGACAAGUGCAUGUUUACACCCUCGUUGAAAUGCUUUUCAAUAUAAGCUCAAAAACCAGCUGAUGAAAUUGCUGAUGAACUGAAUUGAUGAAAUGAAUUGUUGAUUGAAAGGGUUAAAGAAAUUCAACAAUGAUGUCUACCGCAAGUACCUUGUAAUUUUAGAGUGUUUAAAUAACAAAUGCUGGCAAGGUAAGACUACCAUUAAUUUACCUUUGAAUACUUUUUUUGCCAACUAGUUAAGAACUACAAAAGAAGCUUUGUUUAAGAUAAAUACCUACAUUUUCUGAAUAAUAUUUUCAAAAGUUGAAUCAACAUCAUUUCUAGAAUAAGCUUUACUCCGUGAAUUCCUGCCUUUCAGUGCUGCAAAUGUUUAAGUGAUGAGACCACUGUGUUUCCAGUCUGCACUAAUGAGAAAUUUCAUGUUUAUAUAAAGUGCUUAUGUCAUCAAAGAUCGAAUUUUCCUCACUUUUUUGGAGUGAAAGUCUGAUGUAGCAUGUAAACAUGUUUAAAGUGUUGAAACGUAUCCACACAACUAAAAUAAUCUGCAAAAACG